AUGACCGUAGCCAUCGGCGUCGAACCUAAUUCGCCGUCUCCAGCUCGUGCCGAGCCUCUCUUCCAAAAGAACGCCAACAAACGCUGGCCCCCAAUGGCCAACCGCAACACCCUCCCCUACAAGCUCACCGUCAUUUCCAAAGAGAAAUUGACGCGGGAAGCCACUGCGCCAGACCCUAAUCUGCGCCGCUGCGUCGCCCACUUCCGCCUGCACUGCGGCUCCGUCCAAUGGACCGAGAACGACAUGAAGUCGCGCAUCAGCUCCUUCGAAUUCGAGGAGACCGACGACGAAGAGGAGUCAGACGAUAGUCCCGCCGAUGAGAAGGAAGAUCUUAUCCAGAAGACCAUUGUUCGUGUCCAGGUCGCCGAGGACGAGAAGAACGACGCUUCCACGCCGCCUCCUUCCCAGAUCCCGGCCGAUAAUGGCCCGAUCUUGGUGCAGAGCCAGGACUGUAUCGAUGCUCCCAAGAAUUACUGCUGCGUCACUGUUACGCCGUUGGCUGGUUGA